AUGAGAAGCAUUCAUAGAGCACGCGCAAGAGUCGCGGUUGUCGACUCGUUUUCCGUUCGGAUCCUUCGUUUUUCAGGACGUUCUGCGGCCUGUUUGUGUCUAGUCCGGCCGUCCUCCUCCUCGGCGCCGUCUUCCGCUCCUUCCCCUUCUUCACACAUCGCUGGCGAUCUUGACCUUUCCCAUCCCCUCUCCGAACGCCAUCUGCACGAAAUCAAACGCUUCUCGGAUCUACCGGAAGGCUUUGGUGUUAACCAACACAUCCCAAUUGACAACCAUCUCAAAGAGCAUCUCCGCGGGACGCUAUGGAAAUUCAAGGCCCCCAUCCGGUAUGCUUUCGCGUACGGCUCCGGCGUCUUCUCGCAAGGCACCUCCGCGCAGACCGCGCAGAAGCCGCAGAUCGAUCUCAUCUUUGGCGUCUCGCACGUUCAGCAUUGGCAUUCGCUCAACAUCACACAGUAUCCCGAGCACUAUUCCGCUCUGCGCCGGCUGGGUUCCGCUGCAGUUGCGCGCGUUCAGGAGCUCGGCGCGGGUGUCUACUUCAACCCGUACGUCGAGCUCAACGGGCUCGUGAUCAAAUACGGCGUUAUCAGCAUUGAGCGGUUGACCCAGGACCUUUUGUCGUGGGACACUCUCUACGUCUCCGGACGACUGCACAAGCCAGUCAAGAUCCUGCGUGAUGACCCCCGCGUGCGGUUAGCGAACCAACGUAACCUAUUCUCGGUCCUCCGCACAGCACUCCUGCUUCUGCCAGAGACAUUCACCGAGCACGAGCUAUACUCGACCAUCGCCUCGAUCUCAUAUACCGGAGACCCACGCAUGCAAGUCGGUGCCGAGAAUCCACAGAAAGUGACAAACAUCGUCACGAACCAGAUACAGCACUUCCACCGCCUCUAUGCGCCUUUGAUCGAUACACUUCCAAACUUACAGCUUUCGGGAGCGUACGACAACAUCUCGCUUUCGUCGGAUUUCAUCUCGCUCAAGCAGGAUAUGGAUCCCGUCAGAAGAGGCAACAUGGUCGCCCGUCUGCCGACAUCAUUCAAGCAGCGACUAUACGACCGCUACGCCAAAAUCCUCUCCGUCGACCCUUCAAAGUACUCCACGCCCGUGGAAUCGGCCGCCACUGAAGCCAACCCAGGCUACAACCACCCGUCAUCCAAAAUCCUGCCUCGUCUCGUCGGCACCGAGUUCGACCGCAUGAUCGCCGCCCGCGCCGACCUGCCUCAGGAAGUCUCGCGCGCAAUCAUCGACACCGUCAAGUGGCCUGCCGCCGUGCAGAGCGCAAAGGGAAUCGCGACCGCCGGUCUUUCGAAAGGAUUCAAGUAUUUGGGUGAGAAGUUUGCGAAGCGAAGGGCGGCGGCUGCUGCUGCUGCUGAGCGCUCGGAAGAAAAACCAUCAGACAAGUCGUCGUGA